CAACGACUGACAACAGACGAAGAUGGUUUACAUCACAGAGGACAUGGUCCGUCGGCGAGCUGAGCACAACGAGUGUGAGAUCUUCUCCUUGGAGGAAGUUUCUCUGCAUCAGCAGGACAUCGAGAGGAUCGAACACCUGGACAGGUGGUGCAGGGACCUGAGGAUCCUCUACUUGCAAAACAACCUCGUCCCCAGGAUAGAGAAUCUUGGUCGCCUGAAGAAACUGGAGUAUUUGAAUCUGGCCUUGAACAACAUUGAAGUCAUUGAAAACCUUGAAGGCUGCGAGAGUCUCCAGAAGUUGGACCUGACGGUGAACUUCGUUGGUCGUCUGAGCAGCGUUGAGUCUCUGAAGCACAACAUCCACCUCAGAGAGCUGUUCCUCGUGGGGAACCCCUGCACUGAGUUUGAGGGCUACAGGCAGUAUGUGGUGGCCUCUCUGCCCCAACUCAAGUGGCUGGACGGGACAGAGAUCAGCCGCUCAGAGAGGAUUCGAGCUGCUCAGGGACUGGAGGAGGUGAAGAGGCAGGUCUCGGAGCAGGAGAGGGAAUACCUGAAGAGGAGAGCUGAGGAGAAAGAGGAGGCGCAGAGGAAGGCUGCAGGAGAGGAGACAGGAAACAAUGAGAAGAAAGAAGGCUUUGACAGUGACAUCAGCAGCACAGUUCCAGGGUCAGAGGAGAAUAAGGAGAACCAAGAGAUGGAGGAGAACACAAAGCUGCCGCUCAGGAGCUCUGAGUUAGACGAGGAGCAACAGGAGAGGGAGUUCUGGCACACACCAUGUUCUUUCACCCCUGAAUCUCGUCUAGAGGCUCACCGCCACCUGGAGGAGAAGAGGAGGGCGAAGGAGAAUCGUGCCAAAGAGAAGAAGAAACCGAAGGCCUCGAGGACCCUGAUCACUGCUGAUGGACGAGUCAUGAACGUCAAUGAGGCCAAGCUGGAUUUCUCUUUGACUGAGGAUGAAGAAAACAACACCAUUGUCUUAGACUUGGCAGUGUACAGACACAUGGACACCUCCCUGAUAGAUGUGGAUGUUCAGCCAACAUACGCCCGAGUCACCGUCAAAGGAAAGAUAUUUCAGAUGGUUCUGCCCGCCGAAGUGAAGCCCGACAGCUCGACAGCUCAGAGGUCCCAAACCACCGGACACUUGGUCCUCACCAUGCCCAGGGCUGCAGGUGAAAUCAAAGUGACAAAGACCGUCCCACGUCCACCCAGAGCGUGUCAGAACACACACGGCAGCUCGUCACACGACAAUACGAGGAGAAAUAACCUUCCUGAGCGACUGGAGGUUGACCACAGCAAGCACAUGGCCCUGGACCUCGCCAACAUCGUGCCACGCCAGAGCACCAACGAAGGCCCGCUGGAAGCAUCCAGAACGGCUCCACCUGCCUCCUCAGGCCACGGCAGCUCCUCUGAAGGGUUCGUGGACGACCCCGAUGUCCCCCCACUCAUAUAA